CCCAGUGCAAACAUCCAUUUUACGCGGGUGUGUGGAGCGGGUGGAUGGCCCUGUAAUCUACUCCGUGUCCCGUGAUUCUUGGGAUUCUGUGUCCGUGAAGCAUUGUUCUGUCACGGUGAGCUCAAACGCUCUGUUGUGACUUGCUUGUGGUGAGUUUGACGUCUUGGCCUUCCCGGAUUGUGACAGCCUUCUUGGCCCAAAGCUAACGUUAGCAUCACCUGAAGCUACAUUGCUCACUUAAGCAGUUCGUAGGUGAGUUCCACAGGGACAAUUACGUUUGAAAACAACUUUAAACGGGACUUCCAUUCGGCCCAAACACGGUGUUACUAUUAUAAAAUACUAUAAAUACUGUUACACUAUCGGUAAUUAGUCAUUAACUGGAAGCUAACCCUGAACUCGUGUUGCGUUCAAGAACAAACGUUGUUUUCUAGCAUGAGUGACCACACACUGAUUCAGCCAUCAGAUCGAUUGUACUAACAUGGCAAUGUCCUUCUAAUCGAUGGUAAACACUAACAACUCUAACUUUAGAAGAUAAGUUAACACAAAUAACCCCAAUGAAAAUUAUAAUUUACUCUGAAUGACCGGUGGUAAACAUGAAUGACAACAUUUUUUUCUUACUUUUUUUUUUAAUAAUGAAGACUAGUGGUACAUUCUCAUCCAUGUUCUAUUUACAUUUACUUUAAAAGACUAGUGAUAGACAUAGUAAAAUAGCUAUUUACACAAAAUAUGUCUAAGAGGUGAACCAAAAUAAAAUCACAAUAACAUUAGUGGUUUUUGAUUAAGAAUAUGCUGUCAGAAUCUCAUGCAGCCUCAUGCCUAAACAACAUCUAUUUACUUUGUGCUAUUUACAUUUAGUUUACCUUAUCAACUGUCAGGUAAGAAAACGAUUGCAAACCUGGUAUGAAUUUGCAAGCACAUGAUCACUGCACCAGAGUUUGGAGAGAUUCUGUUUAAAGCAUGGUGCUCAAACUGGUUUGUCCUUCAGGCUGGUCUUCUCUACAGAGGAGGAGAAUGUCAAAGAGCAGGAAGAGGAUGUCUCAAGUGUCCAAUGUAGAGGUGGACAUGUCAGAUGAGGGAGCCAGGAGAGAAGAUCCUCCGUCUCUGGAUGAGUGUCGCUGUACUGUGUGUCUAGAGAUCUUCCUGGAGCCAGUUACACUUCCUUGUCGCCACACUUUCUGCAAGAGCUGUUUCCUGGAGUCUGUGGACAAAGCAGCAUUGUCCUGCCCACUGUGUCGGCUGCGAGUAUCGACGUGGGCUCGUGUAAACAGUAAGAAAAACACGCUGGUCAACGAUCAGCUGUGGAAGCAGAUCCAGACCCAUUUCCCUCAGCAUUGUGAACGUCGCCGUUCAGGACGGGGGGACGAGGACGAUUUAGGAGUGUCGUGUGUUCCCACACUCAGUCGCCCUGGAGAGGUGCAGCGGGAGUAUCAGGACCAAGUCACUAAGAUGACGGAGGAGAAGAGAGCACUGGAUGAGGAGCAGAGGAUAGAGAGUGAGGUGUUCAUCCAGAGACUGUUGGAGGAAGAGCAGGCAAAGCUGAGGGAGGAGGAGAAAAGGCGUGAGGAGGACGAGAGGCUGGCAAGGCAGCUGAGCAGUGAACUGAACGCCACUCCAGAAAGCCUACGUCCUGCUAACAUUGCUGCUGCAUCGAGGAAGAAGGAGGUCCUAUGUGGACGGAUUGAGAAGUUCUUUCCUCGUCCCUCUAAGCUGUUCUCAGACAGUAGCCCCACCUCCACCUUAACGUCCAACAAGGAGAACAUCAUCUCUGAUCUGGACCAUCAUGAACCAACAACAAAUAGAACGGAGGUGCCACACAGGAGUCACCUGACAGCUCCAACCCCACCCACAAAGAGGAAAGUCUCUGAACUGGAAGUGAUGGAUGAGGACAAGGAGGCAAUGGCCAAACGAGGCUGUCACACCUCCUCUUGCCUGGUGGGGGCAGUGCUGUCCCCCCAGUUGGAGGCUGAGUGGGAUUCAGAGCUUAUGAGUAGACAGCAGCAGGAGGAGGAAGAUCUGCGGCUCGCUCUGCUGCUACAGAAGGAGCUUGACCGGGAAGAGAAACGGAGAGUGAGUGACCGAAGCAAAGGGUCAGCUGAUGCCUACCUUCUUCGAACGAGUAAAGGGAAGAGGGUGGAUCCUGGCAGCAAAACGCCAAAGACGCCCAGUGGGAGAACUUCAAAGAGAUCCUCCUCUACUUCCUCCUCCUCCUCCUCCUCCAGGACCUGCAGUAAACAGACAACCCUCACUGAGAUGUUCUCCAGUAGAUGAACCCCCCCUUCCCCCGUUCUAACACUUUAUCUCUAAUCUGCUGUUUUAUACAGAGACACAAGGACAAUGUUUACAGACUUUUUAAAGCUGUAGUUCAGGUUAUUUGAAAUAUGGUUUUCAUGAGAUACUGACACAUUGUCAGUAUCUCAUACAACCACAACUCAAAAAAGUAUGAAGCCCCCGCCCCCUGAUCUAGCUGCAGUGGAAAUGAUGCAUUCAAGACAACAAUUAUAGACACGUAAUAGUUUUUUGUUUGUUUUUGCAGUUGUGGUUUUGGCAUGUGACCGGAAGGCAUCAAUUUUCUGAGCAUUUGUUUAGACGUAUUGACAGCUCAGACAUGUUAUGUCAUUGUUCAUUUGCAGAGAAUAAAAACAGGUAGGAAUGCCAUGUUUUCUGACAAAAAACUAAAUGCAUUGAUCAGUGCGUUGUAUCUCAGUGCUUCCUGUGACAGACUAGAUGAUGUCACCCCCAUGUCAUCAUGAGUAAGUUUGGACACCAAAGAAGAAGUGGUUCCAUUCUGCGGUCAUGUGACUUAUGUCGCAAGGCACAGGAGAUGCUGUCCUAUGACUGAAUCUGCGGAGUCAUGAUAGGAAGCUUGUGUCAGGUGACGUCUGAUAUAUACUCAAGACACUCGUCGCAAGAAGUCUCCUGUCAUGCAAUCAUACAAUAUUUUUGUGUCAUCACCAUCAUUAUAUGAUGUCACACAGUGGAUUUUACGGUCACCAUCUCCAUUUUGAAAAAAUGCACAUCUGAACACACUGA